UCCCGGCGCGGGCAGCGGUGCGGGCUAUGGCUACAAGUUCACUCCUAGCUGCGCUCGCUACGCGGCUGCUUCGGCCUGCGCCCGGCUGUCCGCUCCGCCAGCGCCCCUUCCACCUUGCUGCAGUCCGAAAUGAAGCUGUUGUCAUUUCUGGGAGGAAACUGGCCCAGCAGAUCAAGCAAGAAGUGCGACAGGAGGUAGAAGAGUGGGUGGCCUCAGGCAACAAACGGCCGCACCUGAGCGUGGUUCUGGUUGGAGAGAACCCUGCGAGUCACUCCUACGUCCUCAACAAAACCAGGGCUGCAGCUGAUGUGGGAAUCAACAGUGAGACAAUUGUGAAACCAGCUUCAAUUUCAGAAGAAGAGCUGCUAAAUUUAAUUAAUAAACUAAACAAUGAUGAAAAUGUAGAUGGCCUCCUUGUUCAGCUUCCACUCCCAGAGCAUAUUGAUGAGAGAAGGAUCUGCAAUGCCGUUUCCCCGGACAAGGAUGUUGAUGGCUUUCACGUAAUUAAUGUUGGCCGGAUGUGUUUGGACCAGGAUUCCAUGUUGCCAGCCACCCCAUGGGGGGUGUGGGAAAUAAUUAAGAGAACUGGCAUUCCAACUCUAGGGAAAAAUGUGGUUGUAGCUGGAAGAUCAAAAAAUGUUGGAAUGCCCAUUGCAAUGUUGCUGCACACAGAUGGGGCACACGAACGUCCUGGAGGUGAUGCUACGGUUACAAUAUCUCAUCGAUAUACUCCCAAAGAACAGUUGAAAAAACACACAAUCCUUGCGGAUAUUGUAGUAUCUGCUGCCGGCAUUCCAAAUCUGAUCACAGCAGAUAUGAUCAAGGAAGGAGCGGCAGUCAUUGAUGUGGGAAUAAACAGAAUUCAAGAUCCUGUAACUGCCAAGCCCAAGUUGGUUGGAGAUGUGGAUUUUGAAGGAGUCAGGAAGAAAGCCAGUUACAUAACUCCAGUCCCUGGGGGUGUUGGGCCCAUGACAGUGGCCAUGCUAAUGAAGAAUACCAUUAUUGCUGCAAAGAAAGUGCAAAGGCCUGAGGAGCUAGAAGUGUGCAAGUCAAAGGAGUGUGGAGUAGCCACCAAUUAACUGCUGCUCCAGUGCUGUGAACAUCACUCCAUGCCAGUCCAAGAAGCAAAGCAGGCCUAUAGAAAUGCAAUAUUUUUAAUUUAUUCUGAAGUGGUCUAAAUAAUACUUUGUAUUUAUUGAAAGCUUAAAUGGGGAGAGGAGUGCUCACCAGGGAGUAUGCCAGCGUCCCAGCUGGAUCAUGCCAUCUAGUUCAGCAAAGCCUAGUGAAGACAUGGAAUAUGUCACUGUGAGAGUAGACACUGAACUUUGUCAAAAAUUUGCCUUUUUAAGGAUUGCAUUUUCCAAAUGCUAUUCCAACAAUAGUUGACACUCAUUUUAGUUUCCAAGGCUUCUGAGUUGAGCUUGCCAAACCAAAGGAAAAAUGUUGCUAGAGAAAUUAGGGGAUGAAAAAGGAAAAUUAAUUUUUAUGUACACCAAUUGGUAGCCAAAUUUCCCUGAGAACUGAAUUGGCUGGGUUUUGAAAUGAAAACUCCACUCUGUCUUCCUGUGGCUUAGUCACUGAGGAAAUGUGUAGGAUCCAUUUGCUCUUGCCCUUGUCUGAUCUAUGUUACCCUUGGGUGAGCUUGCCCCAUUUUAGUUUUCUAAGAUUGAAAGACUUAUUUUAUAAGUUAUUUGUGUGUAUUUGUCAUGUUUGGCUUUUGUGACCUCCUUAAACUCUGUUGUGUAAGUCUCAUAUUGUUAGAGGGCAUCUUGUAUGGUUUUCUUGGAUACCUUGAAACCUAUUUUUGAAAAACAAAACUUGGGCAUGAUAAUCAUUAGGGCAGCAAGUGUAAGUAUGAAACUUAACUUUCCACCAAAGAAUUGUCAACAGCUGCCUGUUUUUAUUUCAUGUACCCUGAUGGCUCUCCUGAAAGGUUUUUAAGAGCUUGAGUUUAUAUCAUACUUAAUCAGAUUUUCUGAAUAAAGGAUUUUGUUGCUAUUGUUUUUGUUAAUAAAACACAUCUGUCUGGUGUGGAA